AUGGAGUUGCUGCAUCUUCUUCUGACCAUUGCAGCUUGCCGCAUGGCUUCAGCUGUGUCGUCAGACUACGCCGGCUCCAGCUACACGUCGAUGACAGUUACGACGGAGCGCUAUGCCUGCAGUGGCGAGCUCACUGGUGGCAACUCUGCAACGAAGAUCGCACAACAUGUGCUGGGUGACCGUUCUUGUUCAGGACAGGCUUCAUACUUCGCGUGCUCCGUGACGGGCUCUAAGGUUGGCCGCUUUGCUUGCGAUUCCUCCGACACCAAUGAAUCCAGUCCGAUUGAAGAGUAUGCAGUGGGUGGCUGUUUCGCCUGUGCCGACUAUGCUUUUCCCUGUGCUCGAAUCUGGUGGAAAGGAACCUACUACGAUGGGAAAUAUUUUAAGCCUGUCUGCAACAGUUACAGCCCAGGCUUAAACUCGGGGCAAUCGCCCGGUUGCCGUAUCUGGACUGCGGUGGUGGUCGUCCUCAUCAGCAUGGUCUGUUGCUGA